AUGAGCUUGCAUUCGUACGCAUAUUGUGGGAUCCCAAUAGGUGAUCAAUACCGUUCACAGAGUUUCUGUGCUAGAGCUAUCGAUAAUGCAAAUCUUCAAUCGAAUCAAUGGUGUUUUACAUUCUUAGUUGGCUUCGAAUCGCCAGAUAUUAUCCGGCCAACACUUGCUCAAGGCUCAGCAUCACCAGUCGGCACUAUAUUUCAAAACCAUACCUUAUUCUCUAUUCCAAGUCGCACUCUUUCCAUUACGUUUUCACAGAAAUUGAACUAA